UCCGAGAGAUCCGAAAGGCUGUUCUCAUUUCUAACAUUUACGCUGCGGUAUUUUCAUUGAAUUUAUAGUUUCAAAUGGUGAUUGUUUAAUAAAAUCGCUUAGCGUUGUAAUCUAGAAAUUAGUAGGGAAUAUAUACUUUGCGUUUUUGCUAUGAAUAAGGAAAAACUUCCGAAACUGGUGGAUGUGUAUCGUCCGUCGAAGCCACUCAAUAGGAGACAGCUACCUCUUGUUAUUGAUGAAAAUUUAACGCUUGUGAUGGAUGUAAAGAGUUCUGGAAUCGUUUGUGAUAAUCAAAUACUACGGGGAAAAGAUCUAGAGGAUUUUGCCGUAAAAUGGAGCAUUUUGAAACCCCAAGAGCUACAAGCAGCUCUCCAGAUCACCAAGAGUGAACUGAUGCAUGUCUUAAACCAAAAUGUGCCAUGUGUGGGGUGCCGAAGAAGUGUUGAUAGACUGUAUUAUCAACUGUACAAAUUUGGUCAUCCCACACUGGACCCUCUAGUGAUAAGAUCUGAUGGGAUUAUUACAAUAAAGGAAGAAAAGCAAGCUUAUCAAAUAGUUGGGUCUAUUUUCAUGAUCAUGCUGCAAGGUUAGCCAAACUGAUCGAAACUCAGCCAAAAAGGAACAAAAAAAGUGUCAGGUGUUUGUUACAUUCCUUAGAUUCUCAGCGCAGUAGACCCCUGACUCCAGCAUGGCGAGAUGUCUGGGACUGCAUGAAGCCACACUGCAAAAAGGAGGUAUGCAUCAUAGAAGCAUCAAGUUUACACACCACAUUAGAAACAUACUUGAGGAAACACAGGUUUUGUGGAGAAUGUAGGAUGAAAGUUUUGAAAGCAUAUACAUUGUUGGUGGAAGAGCCAGACCCAACAAAAGAAAAAGGAUAUGUCUCAUCAUUAUAUGCAGGCAUCAAAAGAUGUCUGCCUGACAAGCAUAUUCAUUUACAAACUAAGACUGAAUAUAUAACUAAAUUAAUCAGUCGUGCCGAACCUGAACUGCUUGGAAGUCGACGCGAGCGUCACGCUAAGACAAUGGAAAUCGCUCAAGAGGAGGUUCUAACUUGCUUGGGCAUAUGCGUGUACGAACGGCUUCACCGCGUGGCGACACGUGUGCGCGAAGAGGAGCGCACGUGCCGCGUGUUCGCCGCCGCUGCCGUCUAUUCGCUCAGCGAGAACUUCGAAUCGGCCGUGGAACGGUUCACAGGCGUCUCAAAGACGGAGAUCCUUUACGAGGAGUUGCAGAGGGAGGAGCGACAACGGCUGCAAAGGAAGGAGCAGAAGAAGAUCAAGAGGAAGAGGAAAAAAGCAGGAAAAACUGAUGCCGGUUCCAAAGACACGUCAACCCAUAGUGUAGAGGAGGAAGAGUGCUCAUGUGCCGAUUUAGAAGAGGGCGGAAAACAGGACGACGACGCGAUUGGCUGCGAAGAGUGCAGUGGGCGACGCCCGAAGGCCGUUGACGGAUCGGACCGCCGUCUGAACGGUAACGGCAAGCCAAUCAACAACGGCGGUUGCAUGGUGGGAGAGGAGGAGGGGUGGUUGGAAGCGAUAGGGGAGUGCAAGUGUGGUGAAGAGGGUGGUGCUACUUGCGUAGAGGAGGAGACGACAGUGCAAGUCGAAAGGAGUAGCAAGUUUGAUAGAGAGGCUAUGGGAAGAUGCAAGUGUGAUACUAGAUCGAUAAGCAACUGUUUUAACCCAGUGGACACUGUCGUCGUGUCACAGUGCGCGACGGCGAAGCAGCGGUACACUUCGACGGCCGGGUCGCAAAACAGUGACAGCAACUCGCACGACUGCGGCUACUCGUCGGAGAACAACAACGGCUGUUGCGACACCGGCUCCUUGGUGUCCAGUCUGAGCAGUUCUCCGGCGGGGUCGGAGCUAGCCUGCUCAGAAGCGUGCUGUCAUCAUGACGACUAUGUGACAACGUCUCACUGUAGACUUUCGUAUGGUGGGAACGGGCUGCAGAUGAGUCUGCAGGAGAUGUUGGAGUGUCAUAGUGAAGAUGAAGACGACGAAACGUGCGUCAUAACACCGGAGGAAGUUAGAGAAUUCGAAAGCAAUAGUAGACAAGUGAACGAGAAAAGACUGCAGUUAAGGGAGAUGCUACAGAAACGGUUCGCGCAGUUUUGCGCCAAUGGCCCAGUGCCGCGUUUCCUCUUUCAAACCAAAUAUGCUUCGAAUUAAAAGCAGUUUUUAGUGCGUAAAUGUAUUGUAUCAGACGCAAAAAUAGAUAUACUUUAGGACGGUACAUUUUCCAGUGGCCGUAUUUUUGAAAUCGGUGAUAAAACUCGUACACGAAAAGUAACAUCAUUGACAUCGCGACAUCGCAACACUUGCAAACAGACUGAGAGAUUGUGGAAAUAUCGAUAAUUCCAUCUUAAAAAAUGCUAUAUUUUCUUUUUAGAACAGAUUAGAUAAUCUAUGUUGAAAGAUCUAGACUACACUACAAGAACUUUUCACAUAAAUCAUCAGAGGACAGGUUCAUUCUUAGAAUAUGACACUUUUGCAAAGGCUAAAGGCGAAACUACAUAUGAAAAUUACCUCCGAAGGUAUUCAAAUCUGAGCAAUCCAAAUUAAGGUAAAUUGGGUCAAAUCAUCUUAGCUAAAUCUUCAGGUCGAUAGGGCCCAGAAUCUAUCUCUUUACCUACUAUAUUGUUCAAAUGAAGUUUUUUAUGUGAAUAUUCGAAAAAGACGUGAAAGUAACAUUCCGCAUAAACACCUUUUGGUCCAGUUCAAAUGUAAGGCUUCCCGGCAUUUUAUCUGACAUUUUAUCCAACAAGUACCUCUAUCAGACACGUUCAAGUUUCAAGCCUGGACACGUCAGUCGAGAGCAAGGCACAUCGUAAUCUGCAUUUGAAAUGUGUGGUGAAACGCAUUCCAGUAGGAAAUCAACCUGGACUUCGGACAUUUGUAGUAUUUUUUUUCAAUCUUCAAGGUUUUCAUUUCUUAGUUCAGCGUCUUCCAAAUUCUGUUGUCCCAAACUUCUUCAUUCAAGUAUCCAUUUCUUGAUCCAACAAAACUUUAUUUUGUAUCUCCCCACGUGACUCAACCUUUUGGCUAACUUGCCAAUAAAACCUGAACCCAAAAGAGCACAACUGUCAAUCAGAAGCUGGAAUAAAAUGAAUCGUGAUCGCGUGAACUGUCCACGACCGUCGCUGGUUCACCUUACAGUCCUUAGUCAAGACAGGAGUCACGAGAGGUCGAAAUUGUGCCAGGCUGUCGUCUUUUUGCUUCGUGAAAACUUAGCUUUGCCUUACUAUGAAGACGUCUUGACAGUCAAGCGUCCCCUAAGACAUCCCUGUGGUAGUUUGAGCAACUCAAUGGAGGCAACACGACACUUCAUCAUUUUCAUCAUGUGUUUUUUCUUCACAUAUCUGUUACACUUAAGCCUACUUUUGACCUUGAAUUGAACGUAUUUACAACAGACUGUAAGGCAACGCUAUUUGUUUUUUAUGUUAACAAAUUUAAUGAAGCUGCAUUUGAAGCAUGGUUUUAUUGAGGUAGAUAAGUACGAGGGUGGAUCAAAUAUGAACCGGACUUUUGUUUUAGUAACUUUAUUGAUAUAGUUUAUUUUUCUACAUAAUCUCCUCUCUUAUUGAUGCACUUUCCCAUCGGAUCGGAAGUUUUUUUAAUUCGCCCAUCAAAGGAUGAAGUUGGUCGCGUCAGUAGCGAAUUGUGCACGAACGUUUCCACACCUUCGUCGUCGUCAAAGUGGUGACCUUUCAGGUCUUCUUUAAGUGGCCCCAACAUGUGAUAGUCACAUGGCGACAAAUCGGGACUGUAAGGCGGGUUGAGCAGCGUGAGCAUUGGACCUAUAAUGACUUUAAAUAGGAAUAAUGAAGUUUUCAACAACUUGCAAAAUCCAAUGUAACAUGCUCCUUUUUUUACUUUGUUUAACUUUUGGACAAGACCGAAAAAAUAUACUUUGUCGCUAUCUCCAAUGUCUCGACCCUGUUUUUUUGAAACCUUCCUUAUUAAUUUUGUUUUGUAGCUGCUAGAAUAGAUCCGCUUUAUAUCAUAUAUACUUAUAUUAUUUUACAUGCAAGGUGAUUGUCAUUUGUUAGCUUAUUAUCCAUUGCAAUCUUCAUAAACAAUUUCUACUUCACAUAAUAGUAUAAAUAUACCACUGCUUAAUAGCUACCAACUUUUAUGCUCGAUUUACAGUAAUGAUAACCCAAACAACUUCCUAAAGUAUAUCUUUCGAUGCGCCUAAUACGUAUUUUUUAUAUUAUACAUCUUGUUCAGUUUUUUAUUAGACAUAAAACAUGGUUUUGAUUUACGAUUCUGGUAAUUUUUAUUUUACAUUUUUACACAAAACAGCAGACCUUUUUUCUAUUUUAAAGUUAUGAUAUAAAAUUGAAAAUAUAUAUUUAAGCAUAAUUUGUUGCAUUCCAUACUGGGUUAUUGUUAAAAAAGGAUCAAUUGUUUUGUAUAGGAAGUUGCUGGUUAUUUACCUAACCUCGGUGGUUCAUCGAUGUAAGUCAUAAAUAAAAUAAAUGAAUUAUUUAGAA